CCUUAUAUUUGUUAGAGACGGUCAGACGGCUUAGUUCGUCUUGUUCUUGUCUACUUAUUUGGAUUUGAUGUGAUCAAAAAUGUAAAUAAAAUAAUUACACAAAGUGGUUAAAAACAUCUAACUAGAGUUAUCCAUUGACUAAGAAAUGUUUUACAGUAUUAAAUAACGAGUCGUAGUAAGACUAUAUGUAUAAUAGAAAAUGAUACCUAAUUAAGAUUAGUAUUAAUAAGAAUCAUGUUUUAUUGGAUUAUAACAAGUGGAGUGGCAUUAUUGCUAGCUUUGUCAUGGUAUUUCCCUGUAAUGUUUUCUCUUUUCUAUUUAGGUUUGUUAACUAUAUUCUUAAUUAUGGGUAUUUUUGUGUUAACGCUAUGGGGUCAUGUUUCUCUUUCUUCACCCCAUCAAACCUCUUUGUUUUUACUGGACAGAGCAGAGAAAGAAGUCCAACAAUUGGAAGAAAUACUAAAGGAAGACCAGACUAACUGGCCUCUCACAUCUAAAAGAACACACCUACCAAUAAUAUUUAGCCGCACUGUUGAUAGUCAGUUGCAGCAACUAAUUGACUAUGUGCUAAGAGACUUUGUUACCUGUUGGUUAAAGGAGUUAUCACAUAAACCUGAGCCUGUAAUAGAUAAAUUAAAAGAACAUGUUUGGGGUGCCGUACAGAACCUUUAUGAAAGGUUACUGAAAGUUGAUGCAGAAAAACUGCUAGCUAGUGAUAUGGUUAUUAGGGUCACUCAACAUUUUGAACGUAUACGAAUUGCUAGGAGUUGUGGAUUGGAGUUAAAUCAACCUCCUGUGUUUGCUCUGGCACCAUAUUUGAUGUCUCUUGAAACUGAACUGCACUACUUACGACAAAUUAGUGAACUUAUUGUAAUGUUCUUGAUGCCACGCUGUUACUCCCUAUCACCCGCUUCAUACCUAGUAACAGAGAUAUUGGCAUGCAAAGUACUACGUCCAGUGAUAGAUCUCAUAACAGAACCAGAUUAUAUAAAUCAGAAGAUAUUACAGUAUUUGGAAGCUCAAAAAGAAGUAAAUGCAAUGCAUGUCAGAACUCAUGAGUAUGCCAAGACAUUUGAGGACUACAUAAGGCUAAUUAACAACUGCAAUAAUGUUGACACACUGAAACGGUUACGAUAUGACAUUGUAACCCAGAUAAUGCAAGCCACUACCUUACAAAAUGUAAAACGUGCAAAAGGCAUUGAUGUAGAGGCUAUAGAGAAGACUAACACUCAGCAUAAUAUUAGCAGACAACAGAUAGCAGAUGCUAAGAAGCUCAAGCGAUAUAUAAAUCAAUUGACAAUAGCUAAAGCCGAGUGUGAAGCAGCAUUGAGGAAGGUUGGGUGGGAUGGAGCCUUCCCCACUGUAGAGUCUGGCAACAACAAGAAUAUACCAUUACACAAAGUGAUGGAAAGUGUGACAGGACGAAGGUAUUUAUCAAUGUUCUUAGAGACAAUGUGUUCUCAAGGACUAGUUGGUUUCUGGACGGCAGUGGAGGAAUUGAGGCACAGUCCCAGAAGUAGUUGGCAUCAACUCGGUGCUGAAAUUUUUUAUACUUACAUUAGAUCGCCCAGUGCUGAAAUCAAGGUUGAUAAGGAUACUAGAAAAAGGAUGGAAGCUUUUCUACUCGGCGAUAAAGGGCCAGAAGUGUUUUAUGAAGUACAAGACACAGUUGUAGAUACUAUUCAAGAAAAAUAUUACUCUUCCUUUCUUUUAAGUGACCAGUAUACUGCAUUGAUGGCUGAACUCGCAACUGAAGAAGCUAACAAAGAUUUGAAUUGUGAAAGAUCGCCUAUAGAGGACCGUCAGCUGUCGAACGAGUCGGCGUCGUCAGCGGAGAGCGUGGGCGGCACGUUGCACCUCACGGAGCACUCCACCUACGCGAGGAGGAAGCUCGAUCAGCUACAAGAGCGGCAUAACAACAAAAUUCAGGCAUUAGCUGCGCUCCGAGCCUCACUAAAACCAGAAUCACCAGCGCUGGCGAUGUUGGCCAACGAGGUGGAGAAACUGGCUGGAGAGCAGAUGAGGUUGGAAGCUCACCUCGCGCGGACCGACACGUGGGCGGAGCACUUGGGCCGCUGGAGGGCCACUGUUAAUAGUGCUGAGGUCUUAGAUGAAUCCAAACCCCCACAAUUCGUAAUAGUCGUGCACAUGGCUGAACAAGAGCCUACAAACGGCGAAGAUAAUAGGCCGGAACAAAUAUCAACAGGAUGGGUGCUUUUAAGGACCCUUAACGAAUUUCAGGAACUACAUCGAAAACUUAGGCCCAUGUGUUCGGAACUUAAAAACUUGGAGUUGCCGUCGAAUUCAUUUAAAUUUUUAUUUGGGAAGAAUGAUAGAAAUUCAUUAGAAAAGGCUAAGACACUAAUUCAGAAGUAUUUAGAAUUUGUUUUAGAGGACGAUCGCUUAAAUCAAUGCGAAGCUUUAUACACAUUCCUAAAUCCCAGCUCAGAAUAUUUAAAACAGGGUGAUUUACCAAAGAAAAAUAAGUUUUCCUUUUCUACGUUAUUUAAGAGUACAAGUAGUGAAGCAACAAAUAGAUCGUCACAAGAGAAAGAGUCAUUCUCACACCUCUCCGCUGACGAGGACGAAAUAUCGUUGUACCUCGAUGGCAAUGGUGCUGAUUCCACAAACAAAAGUGUGGCGGUAAUAGGUGAAGAGAGAGACAGCAUAGCGGAACCGCUGUACGCGCUGCUCAGUGAAGUGUUUGACAUGCGAGGUGUGUUCCGCUGGCUCCGAAAAACCUUGGUCACUUUUGUUCAGAUCACGUAUGGCCGAACUAUUAAUAGGCAAAUCAAGGAGACAAUAUCUUGGUUGUUCUCGGAACAAAUGCUGCAUUACUACAUAAGUGUCGUGCUAAAGUCGUGGUGGCCCGGUGGGGUUCUUAGCGAGAAUGUGUCUAAUAGAAAUUUCCAAGAUAAAGAACAUACGAGAACGCUAGCGCUGCAACAAUUGAGUGAGAGCGUAGUGGAGGCGCUGUCAUCGCUGGUCGGUGCACACACGGCUGCACGCGGUGCGCACAAACUGUUUCACACACUGCAGGAUACAACGCACAACAAGCAGCUUUUCUAUGAACUAUUCGAAGUAGUCCUACUGGAAGUGUUUCCUGAACUAAAACGUUAUCAUUGAAAUACUGUGUGUAUAGGUAAGGAAGAGGCCCAUGACAAUAGAUUAAAAUAACAAAUAUUUAUAUACUGUCUUACAGGGAUUUUAUCUGACAUUUCUCUUAUAAUACGAGUACUCUUCGAGAAACAUUCCCUUUUGUAUAUAUUUUUAAUACCUGACUAAUAAUAUUUUUUUAAAUUGUCAUUUAAUUUUAAUAUAAAUUAAUAAAUGUAUGAAUAAAUAUUUUCCAAAUGCUUGCCAUAGAUCUCAUUGUGUUCUAUUACUAAAAAUAUGUUUUAAUUUAAUAUGUCUAUAUUGCUAUUAAUUUCGUAUUUAAGUUUUAUUAGAUGUUUGUGCCAAAGAAAGCGUUCCAUACAGGAUUAUUGAGAUGUAUUUCAGUAAGAGUCAAAUGUCUCAUUAAAACCACUGAAACGUAAUACUAUUGCCCAUAUAAUUAUAAUUAUUUUAUUUGCAGUGUUUAAAUUGAUUGUAAUCUGUUUUCUAUAUUAGUAAAUAAAUAAAUUUGUCUACUACAACUAAACAUUAACGCCCUUAUUCAUAAAAAACAAAUCUUCUACAUAUCCAUUUUAACUAUUAGGUACAUUUUCUGUCAAAUUCUCUUCUCAACACACCUGCAGUGCCUAAUCUGGUGGUGUGGGUGUUCAUGGGCGGCGGUUGUCACUUACCAUCAGGUGAGCCGCAUUUUCGUUUGCCCCGUGUUAUAAAAAAAAUUGAGUUUUAAUUCAAAGGAAAAAAUAGCUAAUAUAGAUUUAUAUUUAUUAUUUUUUAUUUAGUUUUUAGUUUUUAUGAAUAAGGGCGUAACAAUAUAUCUAGAUUUUUGGUCUAAAAUAAUGUCAAUUAAUGGCAAAAUUUGAAACGGUUUACCUAUUAGGUAUUCUAUAAUAAUCGUUACAUUCUGAACUUAACGUUGCCCGAUAUGUGAUCGGUGGAAUAACAAGCCACGCGAUGACUUUCAUCCAGAAAUGCUCCGUAAGAAAUGUGAAAACAAAUGAGAUUAACACGCGACUUUUAUUUUUAAAUAUCGCGUUUAAAAUCCCUAGUGUGAACUGACAAGGUACCUGAUAUUUUUAAUCUAUAAUUCAUAUGCAAUUGUUGUGAAAUUUUAUUUUCAUGAUUAUUAUUUUUUGCGUAAUUUGAUAUUUUUAUAUUUUAUUUUAUUGAUUUAAUUCUACUAUGACAUGUAACCUAGAUAUAUUAAAUAAGUCAAUUCAUUUCGGUUUGUAAAUAUCUUGUAAUUUAUUUCUUACUACAGUAAAAAUAUAAAAAAUUGUAUGUUGAAAGAGAGGUCUUUAUUGAAAUGAAUAAAACCUGGAAAGUUUAAAAAAAAAAAUUAUAUCUUUGUAUACUUCAACUGAACUGACGUAAUAAAUUGGUAUUUCCCUGGUACAAACUCUAAAUUGAUACAGAGAAAUAGUGCCAUGCGAACUCACAAUUUUAUAUUGGUUUUUCUACAACUUUUCCCACGUGUUUGUAUUUAUUGCUGGUAUAGCUUUGUAACUUGUUUUAUUAAGCCUAAAAUUGGAACCAAUUAGCCCAAAAUUGGCACCCAUGUGUUCUCUAAAAUUUGCUGGAGCUUUUAAACUAUCUCUAGACCCAAUAAUGGUGCACGGGUGUUGCAAUUUCGGAGACACAAAAUUUAAAACGGUAGUUAUUAGACAAGCAAUGUAUAUUAGGUACAUUGCAUAUGUGUUCAUAAUACUGUUCAUGUCUAUAUGUGAUUGUUACUACUUAUUUUAAUUCGGCUUUCAAUUUUUGGCUUUCCCAGUGUAGCUAUAAGAAAUACAAGCCACAUCAGAAACCUUUGUGAACAUCGAAAUAUAAAAAGGUGCUCUAGAAAUUUAACACUAGAGGGCAUUCUACUUACGCGAUUUCCAGUGUAAUAACACUACUGAUAGGUAAUUUAAAAAAAAUAUUUUUAAUAAUAUUUUACUUUGAUUUAGUUAUUUCUUUUUUUAUUAAAUAAAUAAUCGAAAAUAUUGUCUUCAAUAUUUGAAGAAAUUUCUCUUCGUGUUACACUCAAAUGUGCAUGAAGAACAUGUAUACUUGAUAUUAAUCGUGAAUCAAACAAAAGCUUUAUUCGACUUAUAAAGUACCUAUUUAUGUGUACGUAUAUUACUUUUCUUUGUAUCUCAUUAUUUAAAUAACAUAGUGUUAAGUGUUAACAUGUAUUGAAAAUACUUGUUUAUUUUAUCUUAUAAAAUGCUUAACAGUGUCUAUUUUUAUUGAUGGAAAUUAUUAACUUUUUUUUUUUCCCACCAAAGUUAUUAAUAGAAUUAAGCACAAACAAGUAAACAUUACUUGUAUUCUAUAAUAAAAUAUUGUUUUUAUUUUAUACUCUUUUACUGAAACCGUAUAUUCAUAUAGGAGACUACAUUGUAGGUACUAAAUUGAAUGUUGUUCUAAAAACGUUUUGUAUCUGAUGUCUUUGACUACGUACUAAGAGUUAUAUUUGUGGUUGUUGAUGAAAAUUAAUUGACCUGCAUGUAAAGGUAACUAUCUGUAUUGUAUGUUGAACAAAAUAAACUAUUAUGUAUUUUA